AUGUCGAACGCGAGCGACUCUCCUCGGACGGACCAGCCUGUGGUGCCUGCAGAUCUCUUCAGGACUUCAUACCAUAGCGGCAUGGGCGACUUGCCGCUACAACAACCCCACCAGACACCGCAGGCACGCAGCUCGCCCGAGGGAUGCGGCGCCUCGUUACAGAGCCCUCGUACAGCUCGCUUUGCUGAAGCUACUACGGUACAUUCGCCCAUUGACCCAUCAUGCCGCUCGCCUUUCGCUGAUCCUCAACAAACCCAGGCCGGAGGUGUAGGCCACACUGGUUUUGGCUAUGUGGCCGCAAGUGACCCAGCGCAAUACGCGGCUGAUUCAAGACCUCCGAUGACGCCCGCGCUCGCUUCGCCACUGCGAACCGGCUUGAGAGUGCCCAAUACCGCCAAGUCCCUGAACCCUCUCAGUCCAACGUUCCGGGAAGAGUACAUGUUGGAGAAGCAGGAGAAGGAAACCGAGAAAGAGAAUGCUCGGGAUCUGCGUAUUAAACUCCGUGUCCGGAUGGCAAAGAUGUUCCUUCGGGGGGUCAACUUUUCGUGCAGUCUGAUUGUGCUAGCCCUUCUCGCUACCACUUUGACCGUCUUUGAAGCCACUAAAUCAAUCCCAACGCGCAACACCCUCCCCGCUUGGGCAGAGGGCACCAAUCCUUGGGCGCAGUAUUUGCUCCUAGGAUUGGCAAGCUUCUCCUUGUUUGCGUGCUUAAUUGUGUUCUGGGGCUACUGGAAAGGUGGGCACCGUCGGGCUGAAAAGACCACGAUCUACUACACCACUUUCUCGAUUUGCUUCUUCUUUUUCAACUUUGUGAUGUGGACUGUCGGUGCAGCCAUUUAUCAGCACUCCAAGGGAACAAACAGCAACAAGGACCUUUGGGGCUGGUCCUGUAAUCAAAACACCCGCGAGGAGAUUUACUCCAACACAAUCGACUAUGCGCUUCUUUGCCGUCUUCAGGAUUGGGGUCUCGUUUGCGCCGUCAUUGAGAUCGUUAUUGAACUUAUCGUCCUUCUUAUCUAUGGCGUCGUCGCUUAUCGUUUCUGGACCAAGCGCCGUCUGAUGAAGACCAUGGACGGACGGGACAAGGCUCGUUCUGAUCUGUACCUUGCGCAGCUGCGCAUGCAGUCCGCACCGAACACUCCUGGGUUCCCUCAGGGAGGCUACGCGAGCUAUCCGGCCAAGAAUCCGUACGUCGUCUCUGUCGACCCCCUGUCUUCAGCGGAGAAGGGCCAGGCUGAACCGACCACGACACAAUACGCGUCACCUCGUUCACCUACCCGACCAAUCUCCUCGUUCCAGCUCCAGCCGCCCCCUAGUCGCAAUCAGCCGUCCACCCCCCAGUCUCAACAAGGUGGUUUCGUGGCGAUAUCAGCGCCCAGAUCAACCUCACCACCCGCUCAGAGUGAGGCCCAGCAUUUGCCUGCGGCUCCUGGAGAGACCAACUACGGUGCUGUGCCGAUUCCAGGCGCAUACACGAGUCCCAUGAUGCCUACCUUCCCGCCUGCCGUACACCAAUAA